UGGUAGUAUUUCUUCAACGCCCUUUGAGGCCCCUGGUGUAGGUAAUAAAUAGCUAAACGAUUUACGAAAACACAUACAGACUCACUCUGAAGCAGGAGGAGGACAUGGUGCUGUCUAAACUUACAGGCGUCGUCCUCUCAUUUUUUGCCUUUCCUAUUGAUGAUUGACUAUAGCCCUUUGCUCUUUAGAGUGUUGGAGACUGGAGAGGAGGAGGAGGAGGAGGACGGAUGGAGCUUCAAAUCAAGGUCGCUCAGGCCGUUCACCUCCUAAAUCACGACACCCAGUCAUGUAACCGCGUGGCCGCGAAUCAAUGGCUUGUUCAAUUCCAGCAGAGCGACGCCGCUUGGGAAGUCGCUACUUCCAUUCUCACCUCCGACCACCAUCAGCAAUUUGAUUCGGAUUAUGAAGUGGAGUUUUUUGCAGCUCAGAUUCUCAAGCGAAAGAUCCAAAGUGAAGGAUAUUAUCUACAGUCCGAAGCAAAAGAUGCUUUGCUGAAUGCUCUUCUGUUGGCUGCUCGAAGAUUUAGUGCUGGCCCUUCAAAGCAGCUAUUGACACAAAUCUGCCUUGCUCUCUCCACACUUCUACUUCACGCCGUAGAGCAUGGGAGACCCAUUGAGAAGCUUUUCUACAGUGUGCAGAAUCUGCAAAGUCACGAAGGUGGCCAUAUUGCUGUCCUAGAGAUGCUUACGGUCUUACCGGAAGUCUUUGAGGAUCACAUCACCAAUAACUGCAAAACUUUGACUAUUCGAUAUGAAUAUGAACAACAGCUUCUCUUGCAUACUCCAAUGGUCAUUGAGUUCCUUCUGCAGCAAUCUGAGAAGAGGUUUGGAGGUGGCGUUCAACUUGCUGACACCAAUAAAAAGAUAUUGCGUUGCUUGUUAAGUUGGGUUCGAGCUGGCUGCUUCUCGGAGAUUCCAGCUGCCUCAUUGCCAUCGCAUCCAAUUCUUAAUUUUAUUUUUAAUGCUUUGCAAGUCUUCUCUUCAUUUGAUCUGGCUAUUGAAGUUCUUGUUGAACUUAUGAGUCGAAAUGAGGGUUUGCCACAAGCUUUGUUAAGCAGAAUUGGAUUUCUAAAGGAAGUGCUUCUUCUUCCAGCUCUUAAUACGGGAGAUGAGAAAGUGAUUGCUGGUAUUGCUUGCUUGAUGUCAGAAAUUGGUCAGACAGCACCAUCUUUGAUUUUGAAAGCAAGUCCUGAGGCACUAAUACUCAUGGAUGCUCUAUUGAGUUGUGCUGCUUUUCCAGGUGAAGAUUGGGAAAUUGCUGACUCAACCUUGCAGUUCUGGUCAAGUCUUGCAGGUUGCAUUCUUGGGCAUGAUUUGAGUGGUGGAGGAGAUAGAAAGAAUAUUCAAGAAGUAUUUCUCCCUGCUUACUCAGCUUUACUUGAUGCUCUUCUCUUGCGGGCACAGUCUUUUGGACAGGUGAACGAUUCUAUGUUUAAUGAUGAUGGAGAAACUAUUGAUCUGCCUGAUGGCCUUGUUCAAUUUCGGAUGAAUUUGGUGGAACUUUUGGUUGAUAUCUGUCAGCUUCUAGGCUCUGCUGCAUUUGCUCAAAAGAUCUUUCUUGGGGGAUGGGUGUCUUUCAAUGUGCAGGUACCUUGGAAGGAGGUGGAAGCCAAAUUGUUUGCUCUCAAUGUGGUAGCUGAAGUAGUUCUCAAAGAAGGUGCAAACUUGGAUUUCUCUGUUUUAAUCGAAUUGGUGACAAUUUUGUCCAAUAGAACGUCUGAUGACCUCAAGGGCUUAAUGCUUAUGGUAUAUAAAUCGGUUGCAGACAUUAUUAGUUCCUAUUCAAAGUGGAUAUCUGCUUUCCUGACUAAUGGCAGGCCAUUACUGCUUUUUCUUGCCACAGGGAUUUCAAAACCUUUCUGUUCAAACGCUUCUUCAUGUGCCCUGCGCAAGUUCUGUGAAGAUGCUUGUGCAAUCAUGCAUGAACCUUCAAACUUGGAAAUCUUAAUCUGGAUUGGAGAGAAAUUGGAAGAGAGGCACUUUUCUCUUGAGGACGAGGAAGAAGUAGUUGGUGCAAUCACUUUUGUUGUUGGUUCUGUUCCUAACAAGGAGCUGAAGAAUAAUUUGUUAGUUAGAUUACUUUCUCCAAGCUAUGAAGCUAUUGGAAAGCUUGUGAGUGUCUGAUCUCCUGAUCUCUAUCCUCUGUCUUAUGAUGGUGGUUGGUGGUGCCAAAAUUGUCUAGCUCUGAUGGUUAACACUCACUUAUCUCAUGAUCCAUUGUAAAGCCUUAUUAUCUUCGAUAUGUUCUUGCUAUUUCCUUUGUCAUUUUCACUUUUGUAAUCAUGGAAUUUUAAACAUGUACAAACUGCUUUAA